AUGGAUUUCCUUCGCGCCUGUGUCCUGUGCGCCUCGCUCCUCGGCCUGGCGAGGGCCUUUACGCAUCAGGAUAUGAGGGACGCACUGCUGCAGAAACUUGGGUUGGAUGAAGUUCCUAAGAUCCACAAGAGAGACUUGGAGAACCUGGUUAUUCCGGCGCACGUCAGAAACAAGUAUUUGUCCAUGCUGAAGAUGCACCACAGCAGGCGGCGUCGAUCUUUGCCCAGUCUGGCAGGAAUUCUGAGGGGAAUCCCCGGCAAUGCAGACAUAUCCGGGGAGUACGUGUACUCUGACACAACUCGGCAUCGCAUGGUGUUCGAUAUGGACACCAGGAUCCCGGAUAACAGUGAGGUGACCAUGGCGGAGCUGAAGCUGUACCAAAGGGCUUCCUACCACAAGCGCUUCGCGGUGGACAGGAAGAGCCACCGACCCGUCAACAAUGCCAGGGUCAGCGUCUACUGGGUGGAGCUGCUCUCUGAUGGCUCCAACCGGACAUCCCUCGUGGAUUCACGUCUGGUACCCAUUCACGAAACCGGCUGGAAGAGCUUUGAUGUCACCCAGGCGGUACAUUAUUGGUCCAAGACUCAGCAGAAAACACCUAUGCACCUGGAGGUGUGGAUCGAGGGCGAGAGACCUGGCAGCUAUGCGGCAGAGGCGGCCAAAAGUGUGCGCUUUACCACCCAGGAGCAGACGGGCAACACCUUGGGAAAACCUGAACUGAUCCUCUACACACUCAACCUCGAGGAGUAUGGGUCCCGUGGAGACUGCGACGUGAACCAAAACAAAGACACCUGCUGCAGGGAGCAGUACUUCAUCGACUUCCGCGCCCUCACCUGGACGCAGUACUGGAUCAUCGAGCCGGCGGGCUAUCAGGCCUUCCGGUGCACCGGGGGCUGCAAGCAGCCCAAACGCAACUACGGGUACGGGGAAAGGCGGUGCACAGUGUCUGAGAGUGCCCCUUUGCCCAUCAUGUACCUGGUAAAGAAGGGGGACUACACUGAGAUUGAGGUGGCUGAAUUUCCCAACAUGAUUGUCGAAAGGUGUGCAUGCACGCUGGACAAUGUCUCCAUU